AGUGCGCUUCCACGUCUCGCUUCUCUCCUCACCGUCUGUUCCUCUCACUGUCGGGAAACGAUUCUGGGAUAAUCUGAAAUGACUUCCAUUAUAUCCGCUAUUUCGUUAUUCGCUCUCGUCGGAAUAUGCCUGGCAGAAGCAAAUUACUUGCCACCUUUAAAUGGAAAUGGAAACGGUAACGGGAAUACACUCAACGGUAAUGGAAAUGGCGUAUACAGGAACGGUAAUGGAAAUGGUAAUGGCGGCAAUGGCAAUGGAGCAUUCGGAAAUGGAAACGGCAAUGGCGGAUACACCAACGGUUAUGGUGUGAAUGGAAAUGGAAAUGGAAAUGUGCAAAUGGUAAUGGAGUUUAUGUUAAUGGAAAUGGUGCAAAUGGUAAUGGAGUAUAUGUUAAUGGAAAUGGUGCAAAUGGCAAUGGGGUAUAUACUAAUGGAAACGGUGUGAACGGAGGGUAUCAGAACGGAAAUGGAGUGACCGUGUACGCCAAUGGCGUUGUGGAUCCCUUCCGAGCUCUGGCCGAUGCCAUUGGCGGCGGAGGCGUCCCAGGUGUGGA